AUGACUUCUAGAUUACAUUGUUUUUUUGAUAUUAAAAUUGAUGGAAAUAAUGCUGGUCGAAUUGUAUUUGAACUUUUUAAUGAUAUAUGUCCACGUACAUGCGAAAAUUUUCGCUGUUUAUGUACAGGAGAAAGAGAUCGUGUUUCAACAUUAAAUAAAAAAUUAUAUUAUAAAAAAUGUCAUUUUCAUCGAAUUGUUAAAGAUGUUAUGAUUCAAUCGGGAGAUUUGACUAAAGGUAAUGGCACUGGUAGUGAAUCGAUUUAUGGUGGGACAUUUAAUGAUGAAACUUUUCAAAUCAAACAUGAUCAAGCAUAUCUUCUUUCAAUGGAUAAUCAAGGUCCCAAUACAAAUGGAUCACAAUUUUUUAUUACAACAUCGAAAGCAUCCCAUCUUGAUGAUAAACACGUCGUUUUUGGUCGUGUUAUAUCUGGUCAAUCGGUAGUCGAUGCUAUUCAGAAUAUACCAGUUGAUUCAAAUAGUCGACCAUUACAAGUUGCUGUUAUAGCUCAUUGUGGACAACUUAUUCUCGAUUCAAAAAACAAUAAAGAAAAAGAACAUAAAAUUUCAACAAAAGAUGAAAAUGAUAAAAAGAAAAAGAAAAAAAAACAUAAACAUAAAAAGAAAAAGAAGAAAAAACAUCGACGAAAAAAUGAAGAAAAACAUUUAGAAUCAAAUGAAAUGUCUGAUCGAGAUAUAAUGGUACAUAUAAAUGAUGACGAUGAUAAUAAUAGUAAUAAUGAAACAUCCCAUACUAGUGUAAGUCAUUAUCAUUCAUCAAAAAGAAUUGAUUCAAGUGGUCGGUUAGUUAAAGGUCGUGGUUUUAUGAAAUAUACUGGAAAAAGUCGUUCAAGAUCACGUACACCACCACAUUGGCAUUCAGCUGUUAAAGAUCGUAAACUUAAUCCUUCAUCAUCUCCACCACCAACAGUAACAAAUGUUCAACAUCAAAGAAAAAAUCCUCAAUUAUAUCGACGUCGUCAUUCUUCAUCAUCAACAGAUGAUUCUCGAUUACGUCAUUAUCGCCGUUCAAAAUUUCCACCAUCUUCAUUUUCUCGUUCUCGUUCACCAUUGCCAUCGAUCAAUCAAUCUCAAUCAUCUCAUCAUGGUGGUUUCAAAGCUCCACUAGCUUUACCAAUUGUUGGGAAUAUAUAUUGGUUCCGACAAUCAGUACACGAGGUAUUUGGGUUAACAUCAAAUGAAAGUACGGAUUCAUCAAGUUUUCUAUUAAUAACAAACAGUAGCUCAAGAUCCUCAUCAAGCAAGAAACGAAAUAGAGCUAAACAUCGCCCUUGCCUUGUCCGAAAAAUAACGGAGGAAUACAUUGAACUUUUUAUUAUUACAACCUUUCAUAAAAAUAAUCCAUCUGAUCCAAUAGUUCUAGAAGGUUUGACACGUGAUUAUCUUCUUAAGCGAUUAAUACCAAUUUCGCCAGAAACAGACUUCACGGAAACAAGACAAAUUUUAGUAAAACGAACACCAAAUUCUGAUUUUACCAAGAAAGGAUAUUUAGUCCUCGUGCCAAUACGUAAACCAAUAUCAACAAGAUACUAUGGACCAUCAAUGGGAUAUAUUGAAACAGAUGAUUUGCUUUAUAUCCAGACGAAAUUAGAACAAGCAAAUACAUACGUUGACAAUGAUGAUGAUGAUGAUGAUGAUGAUGAUAUUAGUUUCAAUCAAACUGGAUCAUCAUCAAUAGCAAUAUCUAGAAGUUAUAAAAGUCCAGAUAUUAAUUCAAAUGAAAAAGUUAAAAUUUGGAUUAAAAAAUUUGGUGGGUGGUGUUCAGGUGAUGCUAUAGCAAGUGUUGAAAUGUUUGAUCCAUCAUCAAAUGAAUGGAGAGCUGUUGCAUCUAUGUCAAAACGAAGAUGUGAGGUGGGAGUUGGUGUAUUAAAUAAUCUUUUAUAUGCUAUUGGUGGACAUGAUAGUGUUAGUUAUUUGAAUAGUGUUGAACGAUUUGACCCUCAAACAAAUCAAUGGAGUAAUGAAAUAGCACCAACAAGUUCAUGUCGAGCAAGUGUUGGUGUUGGCGUACUUGAUGGUUAUUUGUUUGUGGUUGGUGGACACGAUGGAAUUUCUUGUUUAAAUCUUGUGGAAAAAUAUGAUCCAUCGGUUCAACAAUGGAUUCGUGUUGCAUCAAUGGGAACAAAACGAUUAGGUGUAGCUGUAGCAAUACUUGAUGGAUAUCUUUAUGCUAUUGGAGGAUCAGAUGGACAAUGUUCACUUAGUACAGUUGAAAGAUAUGAUCCAAAAGCAAAUAAAUGGUCAUCAGUAUCAUCGAUGAAUACCCAACGAAAACAUCUUGUUUGUGCUGUUUAUAAUGGAUAUAUAUAUGUGGUCGGUGGUCGAGAUGAUGCAACAGAAUUAUCGACAGCAGAAAGAUUUAAUCCAAAAAUAAAUCAAUGGUCACCAAUUGUGACAAUGAAUUCAAAGCGAAGUGAAGUUCGGCUUGCUGUUGUUAAUAAUCAUUUAAUGGCUAUUGAUGGAUUUGAUGGUGCAAUUUGUUUAAAAAGUGUUGAAUUAUAUGAUAGUGAAUCUAAUAGUUGGAGAUUACAUAGUGGAAUGAAUUAUCGACGAUUAAGUGCUGGAGUGGGUGUAAUAAGAGUUCAACAAUAUGAUUUAAUUUUAUAUAAAUCAAAUUCAACAUCUAAUAUUGUAUCAAUCCCAGAUGAAGUGACACCAGUUAUGAUUGAAAUAACUUGUAUUGAAAUGCAAGAAUUUUAUUUUUAUCGUCUUGAUACACCUCGUUCAUCUGAUGUUUAUCUUACACGAUUUCCAACAAAUCGUAUCAAACACAAUUUACAUUUUAUUCUUCAUUAUCAAUAUACAAUUACUUACAUGUUGAAUACACAUAUACAAUUGUUAUUCUAUUUUCUACUUAUUUGCUCUUAUAUAAAUGCAUUUAUUCCAUUUCCAGUUGUUGGAGAUGGUGCUCAAACUAGUGAUAGUAUUACACAUACAGAAAUUACACAAGCUGGUUUCAUUCGUUGUCUAGCUCGUUUCUUUUAUGAUACACGUCUUAAACGAAAUAAAUAUAAAGGGAAUAAAAUCAAGGAACAAGAAUAUUUUACUAAAGAACAUACUAUUGAUGAUCUUUAUAAACUUGCAUAUCCUAAAUAUAAUGAAGCAGAAGUAGAAUUACAUUCAUUACCAUUAAAAUUUAUUCUUGAUUUUGUCAUGACAGAAAAUGCUCUGGUAGAUUUUAAUCCAAACACAAAGAAACUUUCACCAGCACAUUUUGAUAGUGAAGCAUUUAUAAACGGUAGUCGACGUAUUCUUCAACUUAGAAAAAUAGUUGUUAAUGAUGCACGUAAUAUCAAAAAAGAUUUGACUAAUGCACGUGAAUCACUUGGACGAUUGCUUCAUACAUUACAAGAUUUUUAUUCACAUUCGAAUUGGAUUGAAAUGGGCAACACAAAUAUUAAUAAUCUUAUUGGAGUCAAAGAAAAUAUUGGUUCAGUUGCUGAUCGAAAUCAAGCAACAUGUACAAAAAAUGGUUGCACAAAAAUAGAAAAGAAAUGUACUCUUCUGCAACAAGCUACAUUUAGAACAUGUCCUCUUAUAUAUUAUGAUUGCAAAAAUAAUAUUUUACCAGAAAUUAAUAAUAAAAAAUUACUUACAAGUGGAUAUCUCUUUAAUCAAUCCAAUGAAAAUCAUGAUCCAUUAAGUAAACCAACAACUGUUGAAAAAUGUUCUCAUGGCGGAGUGAUUGAUGAUUCAUCGAAUGUACCAGCUUUUGGUGGAAUUAAUAAAGAUUCUAAUACAUUGAUCCUUUCACCUCAUUCUAAUUUUCAUUUUAAAGCUGUCGAUUUAGCCAUCAAAGCGACUGAACAAUUUUUCAAUAAUCUACGGAAAGAUGUUGGAAAUAAAAAUUUCGAUCGACUUUUUGCUAUUAAUCCAACACAAGCACAACAUCGAGAUGCAUCGAAUGCAGUUCAAAAUGGAACACGAUUUCGAGUUUUUACAUCAUUUCAUUCAUGUAGUUUGAAACAAGAUGAUAGUCUUCUGACGGAUUUAAAAAAUUGGAUCACAAAACGUAUUAAAAUGAUGAAAUCAAUAUUAAACGAUUUGUUUUCUGACAAGAAAAAUCUUUCUCUACCAACAUAUAAUUUAAGUGACCUAAAUGUUAAUGUCAAAGAUGUGAAUAAUGUUCGUGCAGCACCUUAUCUUAUUGAACAUAGUAAAAUCGGACGUAAGAAACGUUUUAUUGAUGUUCUUCGUAAUCGUCAAUAG